AACCCCUCACAGACCUCUCUAAUUCAUCAGAUUUGUGUCUCCACAACCGUUUUUAUUUAGUCUUUACUUAUUUGCAAUAAUGGCAUGUUCAAGGGCAGUAUUCAUCGUUGCUGCAAAGCGAACUCCUUUUGGAACAUUUGGUGGGAAGCUAAAGGAUACAACAGCAACGACCAUGGGAUACAUGGCCUCUGUCGCUGCUCUUGAGGCCGGUAAAGUUGAUCCAAGCAUCGUGGACAGUGUUGUGUUUGGCAAUGUCAUUCAGAGCUCAACUGAUGCUGCCUAUAUAGCAAGACACGUUGGUCUUCGCGCAAAUAUUCCUAUAGAAACACCAGCUCUCACUGUAAACCGUCUGUGUGGCUCAUCUUUCCAGUCAAUUGUCAGUGGUGCUCAGGACAUAUUGCUAGGUGAUGCAAGUGUUGCAUUAGUUGGUGGUUCUGAAAGCAUGAGUCAGGCACCAUAUGCAGUUAGAGGAACAAGAUUUGGAACAAAGCUUGGAUCUGAACCAAGGAUGGAAGACACACUUUGGGCUGGACUAACAGAUGAACAUAUCAAGUUACCAAUGGCAAUAACAGCUGAAAACUUGGCAGAGAUGUAUGGAGUUACCAGGCUAGACUGUGAUGAGUUUGCUAUACAAUCUCAGCAAAGAUGGGCAAAUGCUCAAGAAAAGGGCCACUUUAAGGAAGAAAUUGCACCAGUUACUUUAAAAACAAGAAAAGGAGAUCAAAUCUUUGAUGUUGAUGAACACCCAAAACCAGCAACUACACUCGAAGGAUUAUCAAAGCUCCCACCAGUUUUCAAGAAGAACGGCACAGUUACUGCUGGCAAUGCUUCUGGAAUAUCUGAUGGAGCAUGUGCGUUGAUUCUUGCUAGUGAAGAGGCCUGUGCCAAGCACAACCUUACCCCUCUUGCCAGGCUUGUAUCCUACGGAAUAGCUGGUGUCGAUCCUUCAAUUAUGGGUAUUGGGCCCGCACCAGCCGUUAGAAAGGCCUUGAAAGCAGCCAAUUUGGAACUCAAGGACAUGGCUCUAGUUGAGGUGAAUGAAGCAUUCGCACCCCAGUUUCUCGGUGUCGCACGUGAGCUUUCUCUGGACAUGGAAAUAACCAACGUCAGUGGUGGCGCAAUCGCCCUUGGACAUCCAUUGGCUGCUUCGGGUGGAAGGAUUACGGGGCACUUGGUACAUGAGCUGCGAAGGAGAGGUGAAAAAUAUGCAAUUGGUUCUGCGUGUAUUGGAGGUGGUCAAGGCAUUGCUGUUGUUUUAGAAAACAUUCAAUAAUUUCAAGUCCAAUGUAAUUCAAAGAGCGCCACUUUGCUCUCCUUUAAUCCCCUUUGACUGCCAUAGCCGUUAACCCCUUACUAUGAGUGUAUAUACGCCCCAUCUAUGUAGCCUGUGAUAUUUGUAGCCUAGUUGGAUAGGAAAACCAUGUCAAAAUCAUAUUCCAUGUUAGUGAAAUGAAGUUAAGGCCAUUUGCUUUGCCUGAAAAUGUUCUAAAGCAAUGACCAAUUUCUUUCAAUAUGAUAAAAAGACUGGAUCGAUUUUCGUCUAAACCUCGCUUUGCAAAUAAUUUGAUUGGCCUAGCAGGCUUUAGCAGUACAAAGCAAUGAAUUCCAUAAGAAUUUAAGUAUGCAGUUUCAUUCAUGAACUAUGAUGUCUUAGAAUUAUUCAAAUUUGUUUUUUGAUCUGGCCUAUCAGGUCAGGAGUAUGAAAGCAAAAUAAUUUACAUAAA